GCUGCGUUACUCCAAGUUAUCUCCUCUCUUCUCACCAACCCUUUUCCUCUCACCUCUUCACACUUUGAAUACAUCUCUCAAAAUCUUGUCUUUCACAGAACAGGAUUCAGCCAUGUUGAGAUCCUUCACUACUCGGAGGUAUGAGAGACUGGGUAAAGAAACUGCUUCCAGUGCUCUUUUGCAAGAGGGGUUCAAGAGGAGCACAAGUUUGCCUUCUCGAGCAUCCAGUUCUGCCAGAAAAAUGGCUCAUGCAACAUUUGGAAACAUCAAUCUACAGAGAAACCCCACAAAGAAGGCUAAUAACAGUAGCAAGAGUACUCAUCCACUCUUCAGUUUCUUGGAUUUCAGAAGGAAAAAGAAAACAACUGCUAGGCCUGAAUUUACAAGGUACCUUGAGUAUCUCAAGGAAGGAGGCAUGUGGGAUUUGAAUUCCAAUAAACCUGUGAUCCAUUACAAAUGAUAACUUUCUUUUUGGUUUUAAUACAGAGUGUUAGUUAAUUGGUAUUCCUAUAAGAAUUUAGUCUUGGAUUCAAUUGUCAAGUUACUUUGAGGCUUUGAGCAACCUUUUUGUUUGUUAUCAAUCAUUAAUUUAAAUCAAUUGGAAAUAUUAUACAA